UUUUCCACGCUCUCAUAAAAUACAACCAAACAAAAAAGUUGGUCUCAGACUCUUGCAGUAAAUUGAUCUUUCAGCGCAAAAAAUUUUGAUACCCACUCAUAAUCUUUCUCAAAUUUUAAGCUUGUCUUUACUCUUUAUCACUAUGAUUUUGUUUAAGCUUCAAUUUUCCUCCUAUUUUUUAUUUUUAUUAAAAAUAAGAAGUCCAAUCAAUUCUAAAUCAGAAGUUUGGAGUCUUCAUCUCUUGAAAUUUCCCUCUUUGGAUUUUAAUGGUGGAUUCUUACUUUCUUUCUGAAGCUUUCUGCUUUUGCUCUCUUGUAGGCUAAAUAGCGGAUUAGUGAAAAUUGAAUUCAGAUCUCUACUUAGAAUAUGGCCAAUUUGGUGUCAAAUUUGAGUAUGAAGCUGGUUGUUGUUGUGCCAUGGUUGCGUGUUCUUCAUAUCAUGAUGUUGUUGGGAGAUACAUUGGCUUCAGAUAAUAUAAACCUUGGCGCUAUAUUUACUCUCGACACCAUCAAUGGCCAGGUUUCACAGAUUGCCAUGAAAGCUGCUGUGGAUGACAUUAAUUCUGAUCCCAACGUACUCGGUGCUCGUAACCUUUCUCUUCAAAUUCAUGAUUCUAAUUAUAAUGGAUUCCUCAGCAUCAUGGGAGCAUUGCAGUUCAUGGAGACCGACACUGUUGCUAUUAUAGGCCCUCAGUCAUCGAUAAUGGCACACGUGCUUUCUCACCUAGCGAAUGAACUCCAUAUUCCACUGUUGUCAUUCACCGCGCUUGAUCCUACGUUAUCACCUAUCCAAUAUCCAUACUUUUUCCAAACGGCCCCCAAUGAUCUGUUUCAGAUGGCUGCCAUUGCAGAAAUCGUAAGCUACUAUCGUUGGACCCAGGUUGUUGCUAUCUUCACUGAUGAAGAAUCGAGUCGUAAUGGGAUCACCGCAUUGGGUGAUAAGCUUACAGAAAAGCGUGCCAGAAUCUCUUACAAGGCAGUUCUCCCCCCUGAUAUUAGAAACAAUGAGAGUGUAGUGAAACAGGAGCUAGAAAAGGUGAAGAUGAUGGAAUCUAGGGUGCUUGUCGUGCAUACUUUGGCUGCUUAUGGUGAAAUUAUUGUCAAGAUGGCUGAGCAGCUUGGCAUGUUAGGGGACGGGUAUGUUUGGAUAGCUACGGCUUGGUUACCCUCCAUCUUAGAUUAUAAUCAUAGUUCAGAUGUCUACAAAAGGACUCAAGGGGUAAUCACUCUUCGACAACAUAUUCCUGACUCGCCAAGGAAAAAGGCAUUUAUUUCUAGGUGGAUUAAAUUAAGCCAAGGCUCAGUUGGGUUGAAUGCAUAUGGGUUUUAUGCCUAUGACACAGUUUGGCUGAUUGCCCGUGCAAUUAAUGCAUAUCUACGUCAAGGCCACAAUAUUUCAUUUUCAAAUGAUCCGGUCUUAUCUUCUGUUGGAGGAGGAACUAUGAAUUUAAGUGCUUUGAGCAUCUUUGAUGGAGGAAGUGUGUUGCUUAAGAAUAUACUGGAAACCCAUAUGACUGGUUUGACAGGCCCAACUAGGUACGAUUCGGAGAGAAAUAUAGUUGACCCUUCUUAUGAUGUCUUAAAUAUUGUUGGUAGCCAAAUGAGGGGGAUCGGGUACUGGUCAAACUAUUCUGGCUUAUCUGUUUUAGAACCAGAGAUUCUUCGUAAAAGAACACAGAACCGUUCAAGUGCUAGCCAGAAGCUAUAUAGUGUUGUGUGGCCUGGAGGAACUAAGAAGAAGCCACUUGGUUGGACAUUCCGUCGUGAUGGAAGAAAAUUGCAAAUCGGGGUACCUCAUAGGGUCAGCUUCCUAGAAUUUGUUUAUAAAGACAAUCAAACACAUGCUAUUCGAGGAAAUUGCAUUGAUGUUUUUGAAGCUGCUGUAAAAUUGCUUCCUUAUCCAGUACAAUAUGAAUUCAUAUUAUUUGGCGAUGGGCAUAGAAAUCCCAGCUAUAGUGAACUUGUAAGAAGGAUCACGACGGGUGAAUUUGAUGGUGUGGUUGGAGAUAUAGCAAUUGUCACCAACCGGACAAUGAUUGCGGACUUCACUCAGCCGUAUGCAGAUUCAGGGCUAGUUGUAGUUGCGCCUGUUAAAAAGCUGGCUUCUAGCGCUUGGGCAUUCUUGAGGCCUUUUACGCCACUCAUGUGGGUCGUUACAGCUAUAUUUUUUCUUAUAGUUGGGGCAGUUAUUUGGAUCUUAGAACACAGAUUAAACGAUGAAUUUCGUGGACCGCCCAGGCAACAGAUUAUGACGAUUUUAUGGUUUAGUUUCUCAACCCUGUUUUUCGCCCAUCGAGAAAACACUGUAAGCACGCUUGGUCGGCUGGUUCUGGUCAUAUGGCUGUUUGUCGUUUUGAUCAUUCAGUCAAGCUAUACAGCUAGUUUGACGUCGUUCCUAACUGUACAACAGUUAACAUCUUCAAUCAAAGGCAUUGACUCAUUGAUCACUGGCAGUGCACCUAUAGGAUUCCAAGUAGGCUCAUAUGCAGAAAACUAUCUCAACGAGGAACUUAACAUUCCCAAAUCAAGGCUCAAGCCUCUAGCCUCUCCCGAAGACUAUGCCAAUGCUCUAAGUACCGGACGAGUUGCUGCUGUGGUUGAUGAACAGCCAUAUAUUGAUCUUUUUCUUUCAAACUAUUGCCAGUACGCAAUUGCGGGCCAGGAGUUCACCAAGAGUGGCUGGGGAUUUGCGUUCAAGAGUGAUUCUCCGUUAGCCCUAGAUAUGUCAACGGCUAUCCUGCAGCUAUCAGAGAAUGGAAGCUUGCAGAACAUAACAGAGCGUUGGCUUAAGUCAAAGAGAUCUUGCCAAUCAAAGCAGUCUGUAAAUGACUCAGAACAGCUAAAGCUGGAUAACUUCACUGGAUUAUUCCUAAUAUCUGGUGUUGCUUGUCUUUUUGCUCUUAUUGUAUACUUUUGCUUGACGCUCUACAAGUUCCACCAGCAUUUGCCGGAUGAAUCUGAACCUUCAAGCCAGAGUAGUUCUCGUUCUAUACGCCUUAAGACAUUCCUGUCAUUUGCUGAUAGGAAGGAAGACCUUUCACAGAGAAGGGUGAAAAAGAAACGAAUGUCUGCUUCGAUGCCAGUUUAGGGUAGUGACCAGAUGGUGGAGGUUGAACCUGGUGGAAAAUCAUCUAAGAGUGAAGAUUUCGAAAAUUAUCGACAGAAUGGUCAUAAUAAUUGGAAUUCGUGUGAGGUUUGAAGCUAAUUUAUGUUUCAUGUGAAUUGUGUUGCAUUGGGAUGGUUUAUCCUAAAUCAGUGAACCAAAGAUGGUGUGCACAUUUUAUAAGUCAUUGACCUCGUAUUAAAAUCAAAUUGUGUUGUUUUAUAUGGCUUAUAAAGUGUGCGCACCUCUUAUAGCCUUAACAUGUUUGUCCAAAUGUAGUAAUUUUGCUCAUAGUCUUCUAUAUAGAAUGGUGGUAAGUAUAUCAUAAAUCAUGUAGGAUUUUUUUGAAUGUAUACAUAGAGAUAAGUAAAUCAGGGCAGUGGAGUGCUUAUGCAAGUGUUUUGAGACAAACCACUUCCUUUGUAAAUUAGUAUUCCUUGCAAUUAAAAAGCUAAUUGUUCUA